AUGGCGAUGCUAUGGAAGUGGUGGAAAAAUCGAAACGACACUAUGAAAGAAAAGUUAAAAAUGUUGGUCAACGAAGGACGAUUCGAAAUAGUUGGUGGUGGUUGGAGUAUGAACGACGAGGCUACCACAAAUUACCAAUCACUGAUUGAUCAAUACACUUGGGGCUUCAGGCGAAUAAAUGACUCCUUUGGUUCUUGUGGGCGACCUCGAGUCGGGUGGCAAGUUGACCCUUUCGGCCACUCUCGCGAACAAGCUUCCAUUUUCGCUCGAAUGGGUUUUGACGGAAUGUUCGUCGGUCGAAUCGAUUACGUGUACAAGUGGGCCCGCUUGUGGAAUAAAACUGCCGAAUUCAUCUGGAAAGGCAGUGAUAGUCUAGGUAAAUCUGCCAAUCUAUUUACGAUGAUUUUGUACUACCGUUUUUUCACCCCACCUGGUUUUUGUUUUGAUACUUUCUGCGGCAAUCGCGUGCCCAUCAUCGAUGACCCAAACAACGUAAAUUACAACGUACAGGACAGAGUAAGCGAAAAUUUUCCAUGCCAUCACUUGAACGUUUCCUCGUCAAACAGGCCUUUGGUUGAAGAAAUUCAUCACGUCAUCAACAACUGGGUCAGCCAGAUAAUCAGAAUUUACAGUGGUUCCGAUCACAUAGAGUUCGAUUGGCUCGUAGGACCCGUUCCCGUGGAGUAA